AGCAGUGUAUCUGUGAAAAGUAACAACUCCAUGCACCUGCCCCCUGAUCUCAGUGAUUUUUACACUCAGAGAGCAGCAUCUCCAGGAUUCAGCGGUGUAUCUAUGAAAAGUAACAACUCCAUGCACCUGCCCCCUGAUCUCAGUGAUUUUUACACUCAGAGAGCAGCAUCUCCAGGAUUCAGCAGUGUAUCUAUGAAAAGUAACAACUCCAUGCACCUGCCCCCUGAACUCAGUGGUUUUCACACUCAGAGAGCAGCAUCUCCAGGAUUCAGCGGUGUAUCUAUGAAAAGUAACAACUCCAUGCACCUGCCCCCUGAACUCAGUGGUUUUCACACUCAGAGAGCAGCAUCUCCAGGAUUCAGCAGUGUAUCUAUGAAAAGUAACAACUUCAUGUUUCUGCCCCCUGGUCUCAGUAAUGGACCUGCUGUAACCUUUGACCCUGUUACCAUCAGCAGGAAGAGAAAGAGAGCAGCUUCUCCACUGCAGCCCCCUGAUCUCAGUGAUGAAUCAGUGUCCUUUGAUCCUGUUAGUGGGAGAGCUGAUCAGAUCAGAUCUUACAGUCAGAAACACAUCAGUCAUUAUGAUACAGAAGCAGAUCUGCAGCUCAGUUCUCACCAACCAGUGUAUGAUGAUCUGCAGAGAGUCAAAGACCAGCACAAAACCAGCAUGAAGAACAAGUAUGAGAACUUAUUUGAGGGAAUCAAACUACAAGAGAAUCAAACCCUCCUGAACAGGAUUUACACACAGCUGUACAUCAUAGAGGGAGAGAGUGAAGGAGUGAAUGAAGAACAUGAGGUGCUACAGAUGGAGAAAAGUUACAAGACACUCCAAGACACUCCAAUCAACUGCAAUGACAUCUUUAAUCCUUUAUCUGAACCAGGAUGUGAGGAGAAGAAAAGAGAAACAAACAAAUUAAAGACUGUUCUUACUAAAGGCAUCGCUGGAAUUGGAAAAACCGUCUCUGUGCAGAAGUUCAUUCUGGACUGGGCCGAGGGAAAAGCCAAUCAGGAUGUGGAUUUCAUGUUUGUGCUUACAUUUCGAGAGCUGAACUUGAUUAAAGAUCAUCAGUACAGUCUUCACAGACUUCUGCUUGACUUUCAUCCUGAACUUCAAUAUCUGGACUCAAAGGUUUAUGAUGAAUGUAAAGUUGUGUUCAUCUUUGAUGGUCUGGAUGAAAGCAGAAUGAAACUGAUGUUUUCAGACAUUCAGAAAUUUUCUGAUGUGACUGAGAUUUCAUCAGUGGGUGUGUUGAUGUCAAACCUCAUGAAAGGAGAUCUGCUUCCCUCUGCUCUCAUCUGGAUCACCACCAGACCAGCAGCAGCCAAUCAGAUCCCCUCUAAAUACAUCAACCGUGUAACAGAAAUUCAGGGAUUCAAUGACCCUCAGAAGGAGGAAUAUUUCAGGAAGAGAAUCAGUGAUGAGCAUCAAGCCAACAGAAUCAUCUCACACAUCAGAAGAGCAAGAAGCCUCCACAUCAUGUGUCACAUACCCGUCUUCUGCUGGAUCUCAGCCACUGUGCUUCAAAACCUCCUGAAACAAGAUCUCAGUGCAGAAAUCCCUCAAACUCUGACUGAAAUGUACAUCUACUUCCUGCUCAUUCAAACAAAUAUGAGGAACCAGAAGUAUAAAGACAGACAUCCAGAGAAACUCCUGCAGUCCAACAGAGAAGUGAUUGUGAAACUUGCUGAACUGGCUUUCAAUCAGCUGAUGAAGGGCAAUGUGAUGUUCUAUGAGGAGGACCUGAGAGAGAGCGGCGUAGACAUCAUUGACGCCUCAGUGUAUUCUGGGAUUUGCACUGAGAUCUUUAGGGAGGAAUCUGUGAUUUAUCACAGGAAGGUUUACAGCUUUGUACAUCUGAGCUUUCAAGAGUUUUUUGCAGCACUGUAUGUGUUUUACUGCUAUUUACACAAGAACAGUGAGGUUUUGAAAAUGUUCCUGACAGGAAAGUCCAGAACUCAAUGUGAGAAUAUUUCUCUAGAUGUGUUUCUGAAGGAAACAAUGAAUAAAGCCUUAAGAAGUGAAAAUGGACACUUGGAUCUUUUCCUUCGAUUUCUUCAUGGCAUCUCGCUGGAGUGCAAUCAGAGACUCUUACAGGAUGUACUGAUACACACAGAGAACAACCCAGAGAUCGUCAAGAAAAUAAUCCAAAACCUCAAACGAGGUCAAAAAGACAAUGUCAGUCCUGAAAGAUGGAUGAAUCUGUCACACUGUCUGAUUGAAAUGAAGGAUAAUUCUGUUGUUAAAGAAAUGCAGGCAUUUUUAAACUCUAAAACAAAAAGGAAAAAUCUUACUCUUGCACAGUGCUCAACUUUGGCAAACAUGAUCCUGAUGUCAGAGGAGGUGCUGGAUGAGUUAGACUUUAAUAAGUACAACAUCAAAUCAAAAGAGGGCAGAAGGAGACUGGUACCUGCUGUGAGGAACUGCAGAAAAGCUGUAUUAACAUCAUGUAAUCUCACUGAUCAGCAUUGUGAACUUGUGGGAUCAGCUCUACAAUCAUCGAACUCCCCGCUGAAAGAGCUGGACCUGAGUAACAAUCACCUGCAGGACUCAGGAGUUAAGUUCAUCUGUACUGGACUGAAGAGUCUAAACUGUCAACUCAACAUACUGAGAUUAACAUCAUGUAAUCUCACUGAUCAGCAUUGUGAACUUGUGGGAUCAGCUCUACAAUCAUCGAACUCCCCGCUGAAAGAGCUGGACCUGAGUAACAAUCACCUGCAGGACUCAGGAGUUAAGUUCAUCUGUACUGGACUGAAGAGUCUAAACUGUCAACUCAAUGUACUGAGAUUAUCUGGCUGUUUGGUGACAGAAGAAGGUUGUGCUGCUCUGGCAUCAGCUCUGAGUUCAAACCCCUCACACCUGAGAGAGCUGGAUCUGAGCUACAAUCACCCAGGAGAAUCAGCACUGAAGCUGCACUUUGAUACACUCAAAUAUCUGAACAAACUCAAUUUGACAGGUUGUUAUCUCACUGAUCAGUACUGUGAAGUUGUGGCUUCAGCUCUACAAUCAUCAAACUCCCCCAUGAGAGAGCUGGACCUGAGUAACAAUGACUUGCAGGACUCAGGAGUGAAGCUGCUCUGUGCUGGACUGAAGAGUCUAAACUGUCAAAUCAACAUACUGAGAUUAUCAGGCUGUAUGGUGACUGCAGAAGGUUGUGCUGCUCUGGCAUCAGCUCUGAGUUCAAACCCCUCACACCUGAGAGAACUGGAUCUGAGCUACAAUCACCCAGGAGAAUCAGGAGUGAAGCUGCUCAAAACACUCAAACAUCUGGACAAACUCAAUGUGGAUCAUGGAGGAGAGUUCAGGAUCACAUCAGGACCUCAAAGAUAUGCCUGUGAUCUCACACUGGAUACAAACACAGCAAACAAACACCUCAAACUGUCUGACGAGAACAGAAAGGUGACACUUGUGAAAGAACAACAGUCAUAUCCUGAUCAUCCAGACAGAUUUGAUGUGUCCUCAGGUUCUGAGUGUUGAGAGUCUGACUGGACGCUGUUACUGGGAGACUGAAUGGAGUGGACAUUAUGUUCAAAUAUCAGUGUCAUAUAAAGAAAUCAAGAGGAAAGGAGGGAGUCAUGACUGUGUGUUUGGACAUAAUGUGAACUCCUGGAGUCUUGAAUGCUC